AUUCCGUCUCCAACACUCGUUGAGAACUGAUUGGUUUGAUUAGUGAUAGAAUUAACGUGUCCUUAAAAUUUCCUCUUCUUCUUGUACAUACAAUGACAACAAACAUGAAUUUAGUUAGAUCAUAUGAGAGAUGAGUUCAAUUUGUUUCACAUGCAUUAGAAAAACUUAAAACACUACUUACUUAGAUGAAAUUUAGUAACCAGUAGGGAAAAAUUAUGUAACACUGUGAUAAUACACCUUUCAUUAUGCAUCAACGGAACUUUAGUGUUGUAUUUUAUAUAUGCUUUAUCAUCCUGCUAACAAGGACUAUAGCUUCUAAUGAAAAGAAGAAAGAUAAUGAUGAUAACAAAGAAUCAGAAUCCUUUCAAACUGAAAGUACUGUAGAUUCAUCAAAAAGUGAUUCAUUUGAUGAACAAGACACUGAUUCUAAUACAAAUCCAAUUUUUUCUGAUCUCUUACCUAGUCAAGUUUAUAGUUUUGAAAAAAUACCUGAUCCAGAUCCAGGAAAACAUGAUGACAAGCAGGCUCCAGCAGAGUAUGUUGCAGAAAUAAGAAGUAUUUUAAAUAAAAAACUUGUUGAAAAUUUAAAAAAGAAAUCUAACCCUGCCAAAGAGAUUCUGGAUGAAGAAGAUUUGCAGAGAAUAAUAGCUGAAACAGAAAAGUUUUUCGGAACUGCGGAGGAAACUCACGUUUAUAAGGAUUUAGAACUAAGUGCUGAAGAAUAUGAUAAGCUUUUUAAAAGUGAAUCUAAAAUAACCAUUCCAUUUCAAGAUGAAAGAUUAUUUGGAAAUGAACCAGAGGUAAACCAUGCGCAACAGGAUAAGAAAAGUACAAAAAGUAAACCGAAAAAAGAUAGUCCUCAAAAUAAUGAGGUUUUGCAGCAGUUGUCUGAUAAAAUGGAAAAAACUGCAGCUGAAGAUCAAAGUGACGAGUUGGAUCAGAACCCAACUUUUAGUGAUUUGAAUGCGAAAGAAAUUUUACAUACUCCUGCUCCUGCUCAAGCUUCAGGAAGUACUGAUAAAACUGGAUCUUUUGAGAAAAAUAUUGGAAAGAGGAGGAAAAAGCUUUUUAGAGAAUUAACUGAAGAAGAGAAACAAGCUAAAGUGCUCUAUGAAACAGCUGUUAUGAUUUUAAAUGCUACCACUCCUGACAAAAAAAGAGCAUAUGAUUUAUUUAAGCAAUCUGCUGAACUAAAUUAUUAUGAAGCUAUGAAAAUUGUUGGCCAAGCUUAUUUCUAUGGGGAUGUUUUCCCACAAAAUUUGACUGCUGCAAAACUUUGGUUUGAAAAACUAGCAACAGAAGGCUCACCCUUUGCUCAAAUGUAUUUAGGUUUGAUGCAUGCUACUGGUUUGGGAGUUCCUCCUAAUUUAGGAAAGGCCAUAAUUUAUUAUACAUUUGCCGCUCUUGGAGGGGACAUAUGGGCACAAAUGAUAAUGGGUUAUAGACAUUGGGCUGGCCUUGGUUUGAAGACUAAUUGUGAAUCUUCGUUGCAUCACUACAAGAAAGUUGCUAAAAAAGUUGAGGAGGAGUUGUCUACAAAUGGAGGAAGUGCAAUUCAAAGAGUAAGAUUAUACGAUGAGUUUGAAAAUCUUGGAUCCUCUUCUCAGCUUUUAGAUGAUGACUUAAUUCAAUAUUACCAAUUUUUAGCUGAUAAAGGGGAUGUGCAAGCUCAGGUUGGACUUGGACAGUUACACUAUCAAGGAGGAAGAGGAGUGGAACAGGAUCAUGGUAGAGCCUUAAACUAUUUUCUUCAAGCUGCAGAUGCAGGCAAUGCCAAUGCUAUGGCAUUUCUUGGAAAAAUGUAUCUUGAAGGUGGAACUGUAGUGAAGCAAAAUAAUGAAACAGCUUUUAAGUACUUCACAAUGGCUGCAGAAAAGAAUAACCCAGUUGGUCAGAGUGGUUUAGGUUUAAUGUACCUUCAUGGAAAGGGAGUUCCUAAAGAUUACAACAAGGCAUUCAAAUAUUUUUCUGCAGCAGCUAAUCAAGGCUGGGUAGAUGGACAGUUGCAGCUUGGCAAUAUGUACUAUAGUGGCUUGGGAAUUGAAACUGAUUACAAAAUGGCAAUCAAGUAUUACACUAUGGCAUCUCAAUCUGGUCAUGUUCUUGCUUUCUAUAACUUAGCUAUGAUGCAUGCUUCUGGAACGGGAACUGUUCGAUCUUGCAGUACUGCUGUUGAGUUGUUUAAAAAUGUAGCGGAGAGAGGACGCUGGGGAACAAAUCUGAUGCAGGCCUACAAUGAUUACAAAGAAGGAAGAGUUAAUGAAGCUCUUAUUAAAUACAUUGUCUUAGCUGAGUUAGGAUAUGAAGUGGCCCAAAGCAAUUCUGCUUUCAUUUUAGACAGAGGUGAUUUGGAUAUUGUUUCUAAGAAUGAAACCUUCUUUCGAGCUCUUAUGUAUUGGAGUCGAGCUGCUGGGCAAGGUUAUUCGAUUGCUCGAGUGAAAGUAGGUGAUUAUUACUACUAUGGUUAUGGUACAGAAGUUGAUUAUGAAUUUGCUGCGAAUCAGUAUCGAAUGGCAUCAGAACAGCAACACAAUGCUCAAGCUAUGUUUAAUCUGGGUUAUAUGCAUGAGCAGGGCUUAGGAAUGAAAAAGGAUAUUCAUUUAGCAAAAAGGUAUUAUGAUCAAGCUGCUGAAACAAGUACAGAUGCUCAAGUACCUGUGGCGCUAGCCUUAGCGAAACUGGGAAUUGUUUACAGUCUGCAACACAUACAAGAGUUAAAUUUUGAUGCCCUUCUGCCAAAUAUAAAUAUGAAUAACAUACUGGGUCCUGAUUGGGAUUUGUAUAUUAUGACGACUCUAGCUGUGUUAUUAGGAGUUGUUGUUUACUUCAGAAGAGGACCUCAAGGCUAACAAUGUUAUUCUUUUAUUAAAAAAAUUCAGUUAAAUUAAUUAUUCACUUUGAAAAGAAUAUUAGUACAAUUUUUAAAAAAAACUUUUUGUGCCGUUUAAAAAUAUAUAUUUUUUUUCCAGUUUCACAUUUUGUUGUCAUAAUAUAUCAUAUUUUUAAAUACUCUUAUGUGAUAAUAAAAUUUGCAAUAUUUAUUUAUUCACAUAGAAAUAUUAUAAUUUGUUCUGUAUUAAAAAAAUUUUUUUUUACUGAAAUAAAACAAUGUGUCCUCCACUGAAAA